GUAAGGUUAAUCUCUCGAUUAACCUUACUUAAAUGCCAUCCGCGAUUCAAUAUCGCGGAUGGCAUUUACAGAUUCCCUGCCAUUGGCAGGGAAUCUGUUGACCGUUGGAAGCACAGCUUCCAACGGUCAAAAAUUGAAUGCAAUCCGCGAUAUUAAAUCGCGGAUUGCAUUCUAUAAAAUGGGGGCUCAGCGCCCUCAUUUUCCUCACACUUUAAGAAACUCUCUCAAUUAUUAUCUCUCAAGCAGUUUUAGAGCGGAUUUGGAGCGGUUUUGGAGCGGAUUUUAUUUUUAUUUUUGAAGAAUUUUAUUAUUUUAGCACUAUUGAAGGAGGACUACAAGAGUUAUGGCUGCCCGACAGGAGUACUACGAUCCCGGUCCUGUAGAGACCGAUUUGUUGACCAUGCAGGAUGAUCACGUUUCAUCGGUUGUUUGGGACAACCCGGGGGAGUUGAGACCAUUGGGAUCGCGUAUGAGUCUUGGACUUACGCCCUUCAACAGUAUCCAUCCUCGUAUCCGAGAGGGGGUCGUACAGACAGGGUUGUCUGGUUUUAUAGAGAUGAGACAGUAUCAGGUAGAUAUGUCUCUGGUGACUGCCUUAGUGGAGAGGUGGAGGCCGGAGACCCAUACCUUUAUGUUACUUGAGGGGGAGUGCACAGUCACACUACAGGACGUUGCCAUCUUGACAGGACUGCCUGUAGAUGGAUUUGCAGUUAUCGGAGGUCCACAGCACGACUACCAGGGCGUCGGCGUAGCCCUUUUGGGGAGAGAGUUAGAGUUGAGCGGGACGACUUCUGGUUCUUCGUGGGUAGGGACUGGGUGGUUAUUCGAGCAGUUCCGUCAUUUUCGAGAGUUAGACGACGACGUUUCAGAUAUGGAGGUGGAGUGGGCUGUUCGGGCGUAUCUCUGGGCCGCUUUGGAUGGGCUGUGCUUCACUGAUUUGAACAGUGGACAUUUGGGGUUGAGGAUUUUACCACAUUUGGAGGAUUUGGAGGAUCAGUGAUCCAUCAGUUGGGGAUCAGCCG